GAAAUCCUACAUAGUUGAACAGGAACUAAAGGUGAAAUAUGAAGACUACACUGAUUUUCUUGAUCGUGCUUGGAGUGGCGGCCACAGCAUAUGCUGCGGCUGCUGGUCAACCAGCAUAUGCGAAUGCCUAUGAUCCAGCACCAGAAUAUGCCUACGAUCCAGCACCACCUACAAAAGAUCCACUGGUAGCUGCUGCAAAUGAUCCAGCACCAACUGCAUAUGAUCCAGCACCACAAUAUGCCAACGAUCCAGCACCACCUACAAAAGAUCCAGUGGUAGCUGUUGCAAAAGAUCCAGCACCACCUGCAUAUGAUCCAGCGCAGGUAUAUGCCUACGAUCCAGCACCACCUACAAAAGAGCCAUUGGUAGCUGCUGCAAAAGAUCCAGCACCACCUGCAUAUGAUCCAGCGCAACAAUAUGCCAACGAUCCAGCACCACCGUCAACAGCUCCAGUGGUAGCUGCUGCAAAAGAUCCAGCACCAUCUGCAUAUGAUCCAGCGCCACAAUAUGCCUACGAUCCAGCACCACCGUCAACAGCUCCAGUGGUAGCUGCUGCAAAAGAUCCAGCACCACCUGCAUAUGAUCCAGCGCCACAAUAUGCCUACGAUCCAGCACCACCUGCAAAAGAACCGGUCGUAGCUCCUGCAAAAGAUCCAGCACCACAAACUGCAAAUGAGCCAGUUGCUUAGGAUCAACCUAGCUCCUUCUGAAAUGUUCUCAGCAGAUAACUUUGCUGUGAGAAGGCCGUGUCUGAUUGUGAAAAGUACAGCCAUCUAAGCGUAUUCCCGUAGUCACCUCGGAUUCUGUCAAAUAUAGUUUACCAAAAAAAAAAAAUGUAACCUUUAACUAAUAUACCUGCAUCAACGGUACUUGUUGAUGGGUUAUGCCUCAA